UAACGUCCACCCUCACUGUUCAGUUUCGGGUAUUCCACUGUAGAAAAAGGUACACCAAUCAUACAAACAUCACAAUUACUUGAUUACCAAAGAAAUCUAUAACUCGUUUUAAUUCAGUUGCCAUGGUUAUAGCUAAGGUUUUAUUGUCGUCGUAGUGGAAGGUAGCCAUAUUAUGGCAAUACUAACGAAAUAAACAUGGCAUCAGCAACGGAUCAACCAGCAACAGAAGAGAUUAUAGAACCCCAGCCCUCUGGAAGUAAUGGCAUGUCUGAUGUAUCCCAUAAAGUAAUUUCAUGUGAGAAGGAUCCUGCAAUGGGAGAUAUUACAGCAAAGAAAUCAAGGGUUGAUUUACAGUCAUUACCAACUAGACAAUAUUUGGAUCAGACAGUUGUCCCUAUUCUACUACAAGCUCUGUCAACUUUAGCAAAAGAAAGGCCACCAGAUCCCAUCAACUUUCUAGCUGGAUAUUUACUCAAAAAUAAAACACAGUAUGAACAGGGAACAGGCGUGUCUCCAGCUCCAAGCCAGUGAAAUUUGCAAAGAAACUCAUCUUCCAUUCUCAGACAUUGUUGAAUUGUAUGCUUUGAUGUUAUUUGAAGGUGUAUGAAUCUUCAUGUGUUCAGUUAAUUAACUCAGAUUAUUUAUAAAUCUUUUCUCUUUUUCUAUUCAGACUCAUGAGAAUAAACAGUGACAUGGAGCUCAUUAUUUAUAGUGUGAUAUAAUGAAUAUUAAUAGAACGUUCUUUAUUUGGUAUCUGAAGAGUGCGAAUUCAAUUAUUAGAUUAUUUCAUUAGUCAGUAAUUUGUUAUUAGACAACGUGCCAUGUUUGAGGCAUCAUUUAAUCUUCAACAGUUGCCUUCAUAUCUGUGUUCAACAAAUUCAGUCUCUGAAGCCAGUAAUUAAGUGCCCACUGAGCCAGUACCAGUACCAGUGAAUAAAUGUAAUUUAUCCCUGCAGCCUGAGAUUUGCAGUUUUAUAAAAGCGAUUAUCUGUCCGUUGCAUUCCGUAUGAUGUUCAUUUAUUAAUUCAAGCCUGUACAUAAGUUGUCCCAACUUCUUUACAUUGUUGUGUCUGUGGUUAUGAAUCACACUCUAAAAUCUUCUGCAUCACUCAGAACAUCGUCAGCCUUACUGUUACUCAGAAUUUUCUUUACUGUAACAUCAUCAUCAUCAUCAUCUCUGUCUAAUUCACUGCCUGGGCCAUAAACUGCAAUGUUUACAUUAACAGGAUGUACUCUAAGUCUUAAAACUUUUCGAGUGCAUUGAUUUUAUGAGAUUUUUUCCUCGAGUGAUCAGUAUUCAUGGCUGACUGCCUGAGAACAUUUUAUAAAAUGUUGAUUCCUUCCCAUCUUAUCCCAUGGGAAGUUCAUGGUUAACCAUUUUUGUUACUACUGUGUUUCCAGUUUAAUUGUGGUAAAACUAAGAAAAGCCUUGGGUGUAAUUUUGCUUGACAUUUAACAGCUGAAACCAAGGGGACUUCGGUGUUUGAAGAUCUUGUGCUCCAAGUAAUAGGGAAAUGAUCCGAGAGAUGGCAGAGCAACAAAAGUUUUUCUCGGAGAUUGCUGACAGGGAAUGCGGACAUGGGUUGAGACCACUGGGAUAGAUUUUGAGGUGUGUGUUCAUAAUUUGGCUGCCAGCUUGAAGGGUUAAUUAAACUGUGUAACAUAAAAAUGUUAAUAUUUUUGGCACUGCUGGUAUCAACAUAUUAUGAGCAUUUUAUAGAAUUCCACAAAAGCGUCAAUGCAACGAAUGUCUGUCUCGAUCCGACGUUUUUAUGUGGAAGCGGUAAGAGGCACAGUAAUGUCAUAUAAACUAUAGGUCUUGUUUGUUUUUUAUGCCUUUUCUGUAUUUGUGUUUAAUUAUGGUCUUAUUAUGAUGGUAAUUAUUGAAUUACAAAAAAAAAAUGUUAUUAAAAUUAAUAGGGAA